ACCUGGGGUAUCCCAUAAAUAGCAAACUUAGCCCUCUGCUUGCAUCAGCAAGGAUCUAUCAGACAAAGAUGAGUUGUGAAGGGAGCACAGAAGGGGCUGAGAACCAGGCAGCAAAAAAGGCAGCAGGGGCUACCACAUCUGAGCUGGACCCAGAGCCAGAAAGGGGAAACAGCUCAGGUGAGCCAGUUCACUGGCUGAUACCAAUGAAGAAGAAAAUCGGACAAAAAUUCAACACGUACCUGGCUGUUACGGUGAUUGUGACGCUACUUUCCCUGAUAAUAACUGUCUUAUGGGUCGUACCAGUUGUGAUCUCACAAAACAACAGGAUUGCUUCGAUAGAAGAAAGGUUGACCAGCGAGAUGGCAACAAACCAAGAAACACUGAGGGGGGAGUUUGAACAACUGGAGAAAAUCUACACCGCACGGAUAACUGAACUGGCAGACAGACUGAGGGAAAAGGAAAGGCUGCUGGAGGAUGCGUUGGCCAGGGCCGAACUAUUUGAGCAGGAACACAACACGACCGUGGACAGAGUGUCAACACUGGAGGCAGUAUACCUGGAGCUGAGCAGGUCGACUUUAGCACUACGAGGCAGGGUUCAAGACUUGGAAGAAGGGCUGGCAAACACUACAGCAGAGACAGUCACUACUGGUAUGAGAGUAAGUAGCUUGGAGAGUGGCGUGGCCUCUCUCAACACUACCAAGGCCAAUAGAGUGACGUUAGAUGAGCUAAGAGGGAAAGUAGAUCUACUUGACGCAGGGAAAGCUAACAGGACAGAGCUUGAGAUUGUUUCAAGUAAUGUAACAGCACUGGUAGAGGUUAUACGCCACACUCGGGGGGUAGUAUCAGAUAUCGAGAGUGAACUUGAAGACACCAGAGGGGAACUGAAUGCAGCGGAAGAGAGACUCGAAAAAACGGUAGCCGAAACAGUAGAGUUGGGAAUCACGCUCAACGUUACUGUAAACAGGACAUCGUCACUGGAAGCAAGUCACGAGGAGCUCUCUUUGGAUCUGAGGCUCGCAAGAGAAGAGCUGUAUAACAAAACGUCGGCAUUGGAAGACGCUAGAGAAGACUUGGAGGAGAGACUAGCAAAAACAACAGGAAGGACGUCCACUCUCGAAAUGAAGUUGAACGAUGUUGAAAGUGACAUUGACUCCCUGAACGAUACAAAGGCAAGUAAAGAUACUGUGAAUGACAAGUUGGGAAUACUGGACAGUGAAUUUGAAGUGCUCGCGGCUAACUUGUCCUCACUGGCAGAGGCCAGUUCCAGAAUGGACCAGGAUAUUGUACAAGAGCUGAAUGAGCUAGCUGACAGUUCACUGAAUGAGACUCAUUUUCACGAACUACACCAAGCCAUAGCAUCAAAAGCCUCACAGACUGACUUGGACGCUCUUGCCAGCAGCACUGUGAGGACUCAAACCUUCCUCCAGAGAGUUGAAAGCAUACAAAACAGUAUACUCCAACUUCAGUGGAACAUCACUCUGAACUUUACCCACUUUGAUGGAAGGAUUCAAACUUUGAAUGCGGCACUUUCAACAAAAGCAGACAAACAAGACGUUACAGUAUUAUCAAAUAGAGUCACAACUCUCGAAGGAUUGACUGUGGACAAGGGCACUUUCCAGGAGUUAAGAGACACUGUUGAAGACAUCGAUGAAAGAAAGGCAGGCAAGGCAGAUCUGAAUCCACUCCAGGGAAGAGUGUAUAGUCUCGAACGCAAUACUGCCACAAAUAGUGAGCUGAACAACCUGGAAAACAAGCUAUCAGACCACAGUUCAACUUCAGAUGGGGUUCAUAACAGGCUAUCGUCUAGUAUCGGAAGCAACAGCUACAGUAUAAGUGACAACACAGGGAGAAUCACUACGCUGGAGAGCUCGACAUCAGGACUGACUCCGUCACUGGUGGUGAUAGCCCUCGCUGUAUCACUGACACUAGUCACUAUCCCCUGGUUCCCAAAUCCCUACUGACAAUCAUAUUUCAAUCCCAUCUUGAACCACUAUACAUACAUAAAACCUUGACACAUGUUCCACUUAAGAAUAAUGGACAUUUUUAAUCAUAAAAUCAAAAAACUCACUUUUUAUUCUGUAUUACUGCUUUUUUUACAUGUGUGCCACAAUCAAAAGCAACAAAAUAUCACUACACAAGCAUGUGAAAAACGAAUGCUUCCACUGCACCCUUUAGGAAAU